UUCCCUUUUAUGCGUAUUCAUCGUUAUUCACUGGUUACGUUGUAUUAGCCAUUGUAAAUGUUUGGCAAAACAUCAAAAAAUCUAUUUUGGAAGUGGUCCGUUGCGUGUGUUCCAAUUUUACCAACUCUCUUCAUUUAACUAGUAUUUUUAACCCACACACGUGAACCGAUAACUAGUGAAACAAGCAAAAAUGUGGCGUGAACGUGUUUACAACGGCACCCUCCGGCCCAAAACCGAAGAAGUUAUAACCGGGGGUUACUUGAGCGAUUUAUUAGACGGUCUUAACUACACUGUGCCUACAAAUUACUCAACGCGAGUAUCCGAGGCACAUGAUGUGAAUUUUAUCACCACUGGUCUCUAUUUGGGCGACAAAUAUGCGGCCAAAGACAGGCGGUUUUUGCAACGGAACGGCUUCACGCAUGUUUUGAACGCGGCGGAAGGUAUCGACGAGUACCAAGUCAACACAAAUCAAUAUUAUUACAAAGAUGCGAAAAUAACAUAUCUGGGAAUACCGGGACACGAUAGGCCUUCUUGGAAUAUCUCUGUUUAUUUUGAUAUAGCAGCGCGAUUCAUCGAUCAGGCUGUUAAGAGCGGCGGAAAAGUAUUAGUGCAUUGUGUGGUCGGGAUAUCGAGAUCUGCGACCUUUGUUAUUGCAUAUCUCAUGAUUUACAAAGGUAUGAAUGCGGCUGAAGCGCUGGAUUUUGUGUUUAAAAAGAGGCGGGUGUACCCCAAUCCCGGGUUUUUGAAUCAUUUGGCACAACUCAAUUCUGUUUUGAACAAGACGCGGCAACCCACCUUCAAAAGUUAUCUACUUUGAUAGGAAACCGACUUUAUUAGUUUGUAAUAAUGACGAUAAUAAAAUUUUUGUUGGUA